AUGUCCAGAGUGGAAAAAUCAGAACAAAAAUUCUUUUCGUUAUACAAACCCCACCACAAAUCUUUGGCAGCCAAACAAUCUAAGGAUAGAGAAAUGACAAAGCAGAAGGUUUCCGCCCCUACGCAAAGAACGACCAGGAUGUCAUCAAGAGCGGCAGACGAAUCUCAUCAUGAAUCCAACACGGUAGAGCAAGAUGCAGUGCUUGUUGACGAAGACACUUCCUUCCAUGAGGAUUCGAAUGGGAGCGGGAAUGGUGGUGAAGAAGAAGAGAAUGGAGUUGGAUUUGGAGAUGGCCAUAUGACUGAGGAGAACGAAGAAGGGGCCAAAUCUGCGUCAGCCAGGAACGAGCAAGCCAAGGCAAAAGAGCCAAUACAGUUGGUCUUGAAAAAUGGAAGAUUUGUUAAUCUGAACCCACCGCAAGUCGACUCUGAAGGGGAUUCUUCAGAAGGAGACUCGGAGGAUACCGUAGACGUUUGUGGCCCGUCUAAGAUACGCCUAGAAAAGAAAUUUAGUGGCGAGAAGAAGAAGGAACGGAAAGACAAGGGUAAAUCCUUGGAGCGAGUAGCCUGGCUAGAGGAGAUAGUGAGAGAGGUGAAGUCAGGUCACUUGAAUCGGGUGAAGCGUCUUCAAAAGCGUUUCUACGACAAGUAUGGCGACGAGGACCCAGCUCCAUCCCCAAAAGGGAAGAAACCAAAGAAGGUGAAGAUUGAAAAAUCUAGACCAAAGCCCUCAAAACCCAAGAGGAGAGAGAAGAAGCUCAAGAAGGGCAAGGGAAAGAAGAAGCGCACCUCAGAUUCAUCUUCCUCGAGUUCAGACUUGACCCCUGCUUCAGAUGACUCUGACUCGCCCGCUCCUUGA